AUGAUUCCUCUUGGCAUUACCGCUAUUGGAAAAACUUUUCAUGCUGUUCAGAAUCUUAAAGAACCCAUUAUGUUGCCAGAUCAUGAUUUUCCAAUUGCCAUACAUUAUAAACUAAUUCUGUCAAUUUAUAUGCUUAUGAAUCCAAAGAACAAUAACAAUACUUUAUAUAAUAGGCAACUUGCAAUCUUUAUUCAUUCUCAAUACCAUGGUGGUACAAGCUCAGCUUCACAUAUAGAAGAUUUAAAAUCAUUAACUCAGAAUAAUCUUCUCAAUAAAAUAUUAAAACUUGAGAAUACUAUCAAACCAAUCUGGAUUCUUUUAGUAGAUGGAGGUCUAGAUGAGAACCCAUGA